CAGAGUAAGCACGGCGGGUACCAAUGAUAUGCAGACUACGCAUAGGGCGGGAGCGAGCCGUCAGCGUUGAUGUGGCUGCUGAUGUGCAUGAGCGACCUUGUAGUGUAUGCGGGAGACUACUGAGCCCCGAAUAUGGGUCAUAUCAAGAGAAUCGAAGAGCUUGUGGGGGUGGAGGUUUGUUAUCAGAUGGAUACUGAAGAUUCCCGUGAUGGGACUUGUUGGAUCUGCGUCCGUACUCUUUACCAAGGAAACUUGGGUUCCAUAUGAACGGGAAAGCUUUUGCGACUGGCCCGUCACGUCUGGCGUACACUUUUGCGUAUACUGUCAUGGAGAAAUGCCCUUUUGUUAUGGAAUUUGUUGUUUGAAAAUACCCAACCGUGAGUCUCUGCCCAUUCAUCUUCUAUAAACAAGCAUAACGACCUCUUCCCCUAAGCUCCAAUGUGAUGAUGAUAAUGAUAAUGCUUAGCCAGCCCAACCCCUGAACCAAACUCAUGCAAAGAUCAGAGCCAACACGAUACG